CAACCACCGACAUAUUCUGCAUGACCUACCGACCUCAAGCCCAGCAACAAAUCGACGAGGGCUUUAUCUUCAAGCCAGCAUCUAACAUCUCAUCGCUUACUGCCUUCUUUUUUCCUCAAGAUCUGCCCAUCUCUCCCUUGCCUAGCUUUCCUGUUGCUCGGUGGCUCCCUGUGGCCUUGGCUGUUGGAGGCUUGUCCUUGCGUCAAGGGCCAGCAGCUGUCCUCUGUCGCCUCUGCACAGCCGCCCCGACCCCAAACGGCCGUCCUUUGUCAAAGAACGACUGACACCCCUCCGACUCACUUCGAUGUGCUUCACAUAGACACUGCGACCACCUGUCUCGCUGCUGCGGCCAACCCUCGCUCGCGCGACCGCGACACCCGAGUCGCUUUUGAAAAGUGCCGAUCCCCUCGUACUGAUUCAUCGAUUCGUCCGCUGUUCGAGUUCGACCUACCCGUCGGUGAAUCACCCACAACCAGCACAGACGUCGCAGCCAUGGCGAGCGAAGCUGUCGAGGAAAACACAUGGGCGCAGAGUGAUGGCAACAAUGAAAUCGAGGGGGGCAAUGAGAAUAUACAACUUAGUGACAACACGCAAGACCAAGACUUGAAUCGUUCCGCUCCCGCUUCUGCUCAUGCUCCCGCUCCCGCAGCCCCUCAAACAUCUGGUGACUCCGCACCCAAUACUGAUGGCGCUUCCGAAGAUGUGGGUGAAUACGACCCAGAGUCUGUCUCCGUGACUCCGCUGCCGCAUGUCGGCCAGCAGGUGUCCCAGGCGCCUGCUGCUCAGUCUACUCCUCAGUCUACUCCUCAGCCCGCCAACAAGAAGCGCAAGACGGCAGGGGGUUUCCUAGUGGGAGACUCCGAGUCGGAGGAUGAUGAUUCCCCGGCCCCUGCUCCUGCUUCCAAUGGCGCCGUGGCCGAUCCAGCCCCAGCUCCUCACUCUGUUCCCCACCCUUCCCCUAAUGCUUCCACUCCCGCCCAGGAAGCCCAGGGAGCUGUGUCUAAUGUCCCCCCAACUUCUCAGGCGAAUACUGCCCCAGUUGCGUCGGUCGAAGAACCUGACAAACGCGCUGUUGCCCCGGCGGAGCCCGUCAACAACGGUGUCAAGCCUCCCCAGGAUGUCGUCACCACGCUCGAGGCCCGCAUCAAGGAGGACCCUCGCGGGGCCAUGGAUGCCUGGCUUGACCUGAUGGCCGAAUUGAGGGCGCGAAACAAUAUCGAGAAUAUCCGGUCUGUCUACGAGCGGUUCCUGGCUGUCUUCCCCCAGUCGGCGGAUGUCUGGACUGCGUACAUGGAGUUGGAGCUGAGCAUGAAUAAUUUCGGUGGGGCAGAGGAGCUUUUCAAGAGGACUCUGCCGACCAUCCGGAACGUGAGGCUGUGGACAGUGUAUCUUGACUACAUCCGACGACGCAACGACCUGAGCGACACGACGGGUCGGGCCAGGGAGACCAUUGCGCAGUGCUUCGAGUUUGUCCUCAGCAGCGUCGGUGUGGACAAAGAUUCGGGUCCAAUCUGGGCCGAGUACAUCCAGUUCAUCAAGUCUGCACCAGGCCAGGUCGGAGAGACAGAUUGGGCUAGCCGACAAAAGAUGGACCAACUUCGAAAGACAUACCAGCGAGCGAUUGCCAUCCCCACCCGCAACCUCAACACGCUGUGGCGUGAGUAUGACCAGUUCGAGUUGGGAAUCGACAAGAAGGUCGGCCGUGCGUUGCUCGCCCAACACUCCCCAAAUUACAUGUCUGCCAAGAGCACCAACAUGGCCUUGGACAACAUCAAUCGAGGCCUACAGCGCACCAACCUCCCGCGUCUCCCGCCUGCACCUGGCUUCGAUGGCGAUGACGAGUACACCGAGCAGAUUGAGCUGUGGAAGAAGUGGAUCAGCUAUGAGCAGUCUGACCCCCUCGACUUGAAGGCAGAAGACCCAGCGACUUGGAAGAAGAGAGUACACUAUGUCUACCAGCAGGCCCUGAUGGCCCUUCGCUUCUGGCCAGACAUGUGGGUCGAUGCUGCUGAGUGGUGUUUUGAGAACGAAAUGGUCGGCCCUGAUGGCAGAGACAUGGGCCUUGAGUUCUUGCUGCAGGGUAUUGAGGCUAACCCGGAGAGUGUUUUGCUAGCUCUCAAGCAUGCCGAUCGCGUCGAGGCUACUCAUCCCAUUGUCGAGGGUGAUGAGGCAAAGGCUAACCGUGGCAAUGCCGUCAAGGCUCCUUACAAUAAAGUUCUGGACACCUUGUACGACCUGGUCAAGAAGGCCAAGGACCAGGAGAAGGCCGUCAUCGACAAGAUCAACGAGAAUCAUGCAAUGGACUCUGCCCCCCACGGAGCUGCUGGUGACUACGAGGAUGCCGCCACGUCCGAGGAGAAGGACUUCAAGCUUGCAGCCAAACAGGCACAGAUAAAGGCCAUAGAGCAAGGAUUCUCGGCUCGGACAAAUGUGUUGUCUCGGACGAUUUCCUUUGUCUGGAUUGCUCUCGCGAGGGCGAUGCGCCGUGUUCAAGGCAAAGGAGUUGUGAACAGUGCCAUAGGUGGCAUGCGCCAGGUUUUCACAGACGCCCGUCAGAGGGGCCGCCUGACUAGCGAUGUGUACGUGGCCAUCGCUCUCAUGGAGUGGAAGGUCUACAAGGACAAUGCUGGUGUCAAGAUCUUUGAGAGGGGGGCGAGGCUCUUUCCUGAGGACGAGUACUUCAUGGUGGAAUACCUCCAAUUCCUUCAUUCCAGGGAUGAUUUCACAAAUGCCAGGGUCGUCUUUGAGAAUUGUGUCAAGAGGAUGGCAGAGAAGCCCGGCUCUGUUGAGAAGGCCAAGGCGUUGUUUGCCUACUUCCACAAGUACGAGUCGCAAUACGGAGACAGAUCCCAAUUCGUCAAGUUAGAGCAGCGCAUGGCCGAGCUCUUCCCUGAAGACCCCAAGCUGGCUCAUUUCAAGGCACGUUUCGCAACGGCAAACUUCGACCCAAUCGCAGCUCGCAUCAUCGUGUCACCAUCCGCUCAGCUGCGACCCAAGAAUAUCAUGCCCUCGAUUGAGCAACGAGCGUCAGUGCUGAACAGCCCCCGCCCUUCUGUCCGACAGCCAGUCAGUCCCCGGCCACAAUUCGUCAACUCGCCAAAGCGGCCCCUGCCAGUCGAAGAUUUGGACGACUCGUUGAACCCUCCCCGCAAAAUGCAGCGAGGCGAGUCGCCGCUCAAGGGCGCAGCUGGUCGGCGUCUCAAUCAGCAGAAUCGCAUGCAGGCCGCCCCUAUCUCUCGAGACAUCACUUUCCUCCUGAGCCAGAUCCCGCCGGCUUCGGCCUACGAUUUCCCUCGUUUUGACUCGGGCAACAUGGUUCGAUUCCUCCGGGAGAUCCCCGUUCCAGACUUUGCCUCUUGGAAAAACAGCCAAGACCGGGGCACCCGCGACGCUGGAGCCCGCAUCCCACCGUCGCAUGGCCGCCAGGUUUCCGCCGACGUCACGCAUUACCCGUUCCACGGCCGCAACUCUCCGCGGCCUCAGAGCCCCUUUGGCGCCAGCCGUGGACAGAUCGCCUCUGCUGCUGCCACCUAUAGACAGUCGUCUCUCCGCCCCGGAUCUAGUGGCUCAGGAUAUGAGCCACCGCCUCCGGCUGCAGUAUACACGCAGACUGCGCCACCUGGAGCGCCAGCCAUGGGGUACGGUCCUCCGGCAAACAUGUCCGUUCCAGAUAGUAGCUGGCCACCACCGAUUUAUGGCGCUCCUCCGGGCCAGGCCCAAUACACUGUUCCUGCCCCGCCUUUUGGGCAGGCUCCUCCGCAGCACGAUCAGUACAAUGGCCGCUAUUACUAGUUUGAUCAACAGGUGAUGCGGGAGGUUCCGUGGCUUCGGGCGAAGAACGCUGCUCCAUGUGUUGCAUCGCGCGGGUGCCAACACGUUCUUGGCCUCCCCGCCUAUGAUCAGAAGUCGACGGUGAUCGGCACUGGUCAGCAUUGGGAACGCGCAGGAUUCGGUUUGAUCAAUCGACAGGGAUGCAAGCAGCGCGCAGUUACUCGGUUGGUCUCGAAAAAUGCGAACUCUGGUCACAUUUGAUUCCAAGAGUUAAGUCUGCCUGGGUUGCUGCAAUCGAUGGAACAAGAUGCUUCUCGAGCCAGUGCGCCGUGUAUUAAUAAGAGGGAAAGGAGUUCAACUGCGUGUCAUGGUCCCUGCGCUGUUUUCUUGGGCGGAGUUCAAGGAUAUGAAGGAGUCUCGAGGUGACAAAAUCGCAUGGGGUGGGCAGAUCCGACGGUCUUUAGUUGAUGAAGAGAAGCCAGGUCAACACAUGAGCUUCUGAUGUGAUGAUGGCCUUUAGGACGGAAUGUGCUAGAUUCUCGAGUACCGAUGGCCACUCAUCGGUUCCUUGCGCGCCAUCUGGGCCUUCAAUACAAAAGAGGCACAUCAUUCCAAGUUAGUGAGAUAGAUCAUGGAAGAGCAUAUUAUGAAGACCACAGUUUCAUCUG